AUGGUCGUAUCUGAGCUCAGUUCCACCGAAGCGGCUCUAUCUGAGCUGCCUGCACUUCUACGCAGCUUUGAAGUCAUACUGUCAUCCGGCUUUGGCUCCAACAUUACCAAUGAGGAAUCUAAAAUCCCAGUUGCCGUUGUUGUAGAAGGAGCAUUUCCUGAGUCAGAAUUCGAGCAGAUGUCAGCAAGCACCCCAGUGGUGGAGGCCCUCCUCCUCCAGAGUGUUCUCCCAUUGUAUCAUGGACCCAGCGUCAAAAUUCGAAUCAAAUCAAGUGACUAUGAAUACACAGUCUCGAAAGAUCUUCUCUGCAGAGAGUCUACUUAUUUCUCAGCAAUGUUUGAGGGUGGAUUUAAAGAAGGACAGCAACUCCAAACGAUUCUGGAAGACAUGGAAGGGGUUGUGUCGGUGCAGAGUCUGGAGGCUUUCUUACAAUGGCUAUACCUCCGCGACAUUAAUUUCGAUUUGGAUGAGCCAGAAUAUCAAAUCUCAGCCACCAUCGAGCUUGCUCGGUUUGCAGAUAUGUGCAGCGUAACAGGAAUUGAAACUCAUAUCGCUCAGUAUCUCAAGCGAAUUUUGGUCACAAAUCCCAAUCCCUAUACCGUUGCGUAUGGGGAAAAAAUAAACACCUAUUGUGUCACAACUCACCAUAUCAUUUUGGCGACUUUUUUGCCUCGAGGGCACGCGGUUCGUCAAAUCCUAGCUGCAGCGGCGGUGGAACGGACUCUUCUCUGUGAAGACGACAAAGUCUUUCUGGAAACUCAAGAACACCCUAGCUUUCGAGCUGAUCUUCUCGAAGAAGUUAGGAGGACUCUCAAGGGACUGAGUUUUGGCCUGAGUGUUGCUACUUAUGAGGAUCCUCUCGACGGCAAAGAAAAGAAGCUCUAUAAGUUUCUUGGUUCACGUUUUCGUUAUUAG